AUGAAAAGCAGAAAAUGUGCAGGGGUUAUUCUUAAAUUAGACUUCGAGAAGGCUUUUGAUUCGGUUAAUUGGGAAUUUCUCCUCCAUCUUCUUCAAAAAUUAAAUUUUCAUAGCCUAUGGAUUAGGUGGCUGGAAGGGAUUCUUAACUCGGCAAGAAUAUCUGUUUUGAUCAAUGGUUCCCCCUCGAGAGAGUUCAUUCCUGAGCGUGGCCUUAGACAGGGAGACCCUCUCUCUCCUCUGCUCUUCAAUUUGGUUGGCGAAGUGCUCCAUUGCAUGUUGAGUAAAGCUGAGAGAGUUGGUCUCUUCCAGGGAGUUAAUUUAGGUAAUAAUGGCGACACUGUAUCACAUCUCCAGUAUGCGGAUGAUACGGUGCUGUUCAUUAGAGAUGACACGGAGUCUAUUAAGGGUAUCAAGAGAGUUUUGAUUGCCUUUGAGCUAUUAUCUGGGCUGAAGAUUAAUUUUGCUAAGAGCAAAUUAUAUGGACAUAAUAGCAGUAGGGAGGACCUUCAGUCUUGGGCUGAAGAGAUUGGCUGCCAAAUAGGAUUUGAUUCCUUCAACUAUCUAGGACUAGACCUGGCAAGAUCACCAUACAAUAUUCAAUUCUGGGAUCCGCUGGUUUCAAGAGUUAGAAAUAAGUUAUCAGAGUGGAAAAGUAAGGCAAUAUCGCUGGCUGGAAAAGUGGUUUUGUUACAGGCAGUUUUGGAUAGUUUGCCAAUUUAUUGGUUUAACAUGUUCUUAAUUCCGAGAGCAGUUGAGAAUAAUCUAGAAAAAAUUAGGAGGAGCUUCUUCUGGGGGUCUAAAGAAGUUGAUGGAAUAGAAAGGAGAGGUAUGCAUCUUUUAGCUUGGGACAAAGUCUGUAGUCCAAAGAGUGCGGGAGGUGUAGGCAUCACAAAAAUCAAGGAAAGAAAUAUCGCGAUGUUGGGGAAAUGGUGGUGGAGAUUUAUUAAUGAAAGAGACAAAUUCUGGAAUAUCACCCUGCAAAAAAAGUAUGGAAGCGUGAUAGGACAAGGGCCCAGCAGUGUAAAGAUAGAUAGGUCCUCAAGCUAUACUAUAAAGAGUUUGCUAAAGAUUCAUCAGAGCGGUUGGGCUCGAGAUCUUUUAAGUGAUGGUUUCAUAUGGAAGAUUAAGAAUGGGCGUACAGUUAGAUUCUGGGAAGAUCUUUGGUAUGGCAAUAAACCUUUCCAGAAGGAAUUCUCCAGGCUAUUCUACUUGUCCAAUUUGAAAACAGCGUCCGUAAGACUGAUUUGGGAAAUUUGGAAUGCAUGGGGAGGUCUUCCGGUUAUAAUAUGGUCUAGGCAUCUAAGGGCCUGGGAGGAAGAACAGGUUAAUAUUCUCAAUCAAAUUUUAGCCUGUAUUAAUUUUGAGGAUGGGCCCGAUGUUCUAUUCUGGAAAUGGUCAGGAAGAUGCUUCUCCUCAAAAGAUUUGUAUAUGGCCUUAACAGGGGGUCAUAUGGCUAGUCCUGAAUACUCUUCUUAUUGGAAAUUGAAAGUUCCACCAAAAGUACUUUUUUUCUUAGGGAAGUUAGUGCAUCAUAUCCUUCCUACAAAAUCUUUCCUAGCCCAUAGAUUACGUAACAUGGGAUUUUCAGCAACUUGUAGUUGGUGCUCAGCAGCGGAGGAAACUCUAACUCACUUGUUCUUAGAAUGUGAGGUUGCAGUUUGGUGUUGGGGAUAUGUUUGGGGCUCUUGGAGUAUACCAAGUAGGCGUGUAAAUCAGAGUGUUUUCUCUCUGCAAUCAAUCUUAGGAAUGAUCAGUGAGGGAGGAUUCAGUGAAACCUGGCAAAUCGUAGUAGCUGCAACUUUGUGGUCCAUUUGGUUAUUCAGAAAUGCUUUAGUCUUUUCUAAUAAUCGAGCUGAAAAAGAAGGAGUUCUCGGUACUCUUAGGACUAGGAUUAUCAAAUGGCUUGAGGCUAGCUCGAUACUAAGUAAUGGUAUGGACAGAUUAUUUUGGGUAAAUCCUAUGGGGGCAGUCAAGUUGUCCUUGGUGCAUCAGUGUGAUAGUUUCUGGAGAGAGGUAAGAAGCUCAUAUGACUGGGUGGCCGCAACUGAUGGAGCUGUCUCGAGACUUAAGAAUAUGCAGCCUAAGUCAGGAAUAGGUGGUGUCAUAAGGUCCAAAGAAGGGCGUCUGGAAUUUAUUUUUUCAGGCCCUUCCAAUGCUGGCAGCGUGUUUGAUGUGGAACUGGAAGCAUGCAUGCAUGUAGUGAGCAAGUUAAAGGGUAAAAUUCAGGAAGGCUUUAAGAUAAUCGUUUGCUCAGAUUCUACCGAGGUAGUAAAUCACAUGAAUAAACUGAAGAAUAGUGUGGAAGAGGCGGAUGAAAGACAGUCAGAUAUCACGCAACUGGUUAAAUCAGUAACUUUCAAGGCUAUUAGUAGAAAAUUCAACGGGGAAGCUGAUGGGCUGGCAAAGGAAGGUAUUAAGAGACAGGUUAUAGUGGAAGGCUGGGUUUGA